AGUCAUUUGUAAUCUUAGACUUGAGCCAGGCUGACCUAUCAUCCCACCAACACUAGAGCUUUAAUAACUUUUUUUGACAUGCAAAGAUGAAUGUUCAUUUAUUCGGGAAAAUAAAACGACAUGACACUUGAUUAGAAUUAAUGUAUUACGACCUUCACCUUUAGGAAUGUUGGGUUCGCACCUAACAGAUGUGACGUCAUGGGAUAAAAUGAGCUGUCUGUGAAAAGAGCGAGAGAACUCAUCGGGGAUAUCUUAUUGUUUCCUUUAUGAAUUUGGUGUCAGAACAUUCGUAUUGAUGACUGGCAUGGUAGAAGUGGCUUCCAUUCCACCGUGGAAGCUGAACAUUAUGGAAAAUGGACGUGUGUUUGAUGAUUCAGGUGAACCGGGAGGACAUUCCAACGAUAAGUAUAACAACAUAAAUGACAUUCCAACAUGGAAACGAAGUUUUGUGAACCCGAACAGUAAUAACAGUAAACCUCGAGAUCAUGUACGAUCCAGUAGUAGUUCCUCGGUAGAUAAUAGUAGGUCUAGUCAUGUAAACAAUAACUUCCCCCAGACAGCUACCGAGGGAAAUGGAGGUAAAGUGAAGUUUAGUUUAGGGGGCGACACUACGGAAGUAAGUGAUAUGAUGGAAGAUAGGGAGACAUCUACCUCGGCGAAUAAGGCCAGUUUGAAUGGUAAAGUGGCUAUUGACAAUACACAUUUAAAACAUGUACAGAGCAACCCGUUUUUCGUGGAGCUUGGCGGGGUCACACAUCCGCAUGGUAAGUUAAUAAGUGAUUCACUUCCUGAAAGUCCCCAGUUAUCACGCAGCGACAGUGUCAGUACUUGUACAACAGAGGAAGAACUAAACGACUAUAGUCCACACUCUGGUAUAGUGGAGAAAUUACGUAAAAAGUUUACUUCACUUUCAAGUCAUGAAAACACUCUUCAAGGUGCUGCAUCUAGGCUUAAACGAUAUGGAAGCCUGGAUAAUCUGCUGGGAAGGGGAUCUUUACAACCAGAAAAAACAGAACCAGUAAAAUCACCCUAUCAGAAAAGUUAUCUGAGAAAUAACAGUCAAACUGAUGCUUCUAAAAGUUCGCGGAGCAGUACUGAUGGUAAAAGAAAUAGUUUUGACAGUAAAAGCCUCCGAGAUGACAGCGAUGUGACAAGUACAGUAAAGCCAGCACUGCAAAAGCCACCUAAAAUCAUCACCAACAAAACACAAGUGGUCAGGAAAGAUUCAAGCUCAAGUGUGGAAGAACAAAAAUCGCCCAAACCACGAGUUCCAGAGAUGCAAAUUUCUUCAGAUGACAUCAUAAUCAUUGAACAACCUCCCAAACCUCCUGCUAGUCCAAAAAGUGGUGAUGAACAGGAUGUGAAAAAUUUAAAAAGUGAAAAUGAGGAAUGUGAACUUCCGAAACCUAAUACAGUUUCAACAUUUAGGACAUUAUUUGAAGCUAACACAAAGGUCAAUAGGAGAAAAAUUCUUCCUGAUGCACCAAGGUCACCAAAGUUCAUUUCUGCAUCAGUUCCAAAACCACCAGUGUCAAGGUCAAAACCACAGGUUCCACAGACAGAGAAGCCACCAGCUAUAGAUAAGUCAUUAAGUACAGCAGAGAUGUCAAGCUCACAGGAUUCAGAUGAUGUUAAGACUUCUGUUCUUCAUCCAACACCAAGUGUAUCAUCUCUUUCACAACCAGGUUCAACAUCAGAACCAAUUACCAAGGUAACAGUAUCAUCUGAAACCAAUGAUUCACUCAGUCAAAGUGCUACUGUUGUGUCAAUGCCUGUCAGAUCUACUGAAAAUAUUGUAAAGGAUAAGUCAACAUCAGUUUCUAAGGACAAACAAUCUACAGAUAAUAUUGAGAAUGUAAGCAGCAUACCUGGCAGGCCACCAAAAGCUUUUGAUUCUCCUAUGACAAAGAAGAAAAAUAUUGGUGAAAUGAAAUCCAUAUUUGAUUCCAAUGCCAUUAUAGCUACAGGACCUAAGCCAAUUCCUGUUCAGAAACCAAGAAAGACUGUUCCACGGAACAUUUCACGUGUAACAGUUAAAAAUGAAAAAGAUACAGAUACCUCAAGAUCAAAGGAAACGUCUGUUAAAUAUUCUGAAGUGUCUGAAAGCAGGAUGGAAAACAUGGAAACAAAAUCUAACCCAGAACUUCCUAAAAAGAAAAGCGUUGCUCCAAUUCCCCCUCAAACAGAAAUGCAUCAGAAGCCGAAAAUUCCAGAUGAACAAAAACAGAUAUUUGAUUCAUCAUCAAUAGUACCUGUUUCAACAGUUGACCAAAAAGUUCCAAAUCAAACAGAAAAGAAGCGUGCUCCACCUCGGCCAAAAGCAAUGGCACGAAAACUAAGCCAUUCAAAUUCAGUUGAAGAGGAUCACACUAAAGCUUCAGAAAAAGAAGAGAAAGUUGAAGCAGAAGCUUCAGUUCCAAAAGGGAGAUCAUUAACUACAUCAGCAAUUAAAGCUGAUGUGGAGGUAAAGCAAAUGGUGCAAGCUGAACCACCUCCAAAACCUACAACAAAUCGGUUUACUCCAGUAGUACAAUCAAGUCAGAAUAAUGAUAACAAUAAGCUCAAAUCUCGGGAACAAGAUGAAAGCAAGAAGUCUUCAAUGACAUCCAAUGCUGGUUCUACUCCAGCCACCAAAACAAGUAACUUUGAACCGGUCGGUGUGUUGAACCAAAAGAAUGAAGAGCUCAACAGUGCUAGUGGGAGACCAACCAGGGGAAUCCCUACAAUUAUUGCUAAUAGAUUCUUGAAAGACAGAAAAGAUGUGUCUCAAGAGAGCAAAAACAAUGACAAAGACGAUAGUGAUGAUGAAACAAGUCACACUUUAGUAAAACCCAGUCAAUUUAGGGCAAAAGGACUCAUGAAUGGAGCUAUAUCAUCCCCAGUGCCAAAGAAAAGAGGACAAUCUAAUGAAGAAACUGCAUUAGAUAAAACUCGUAAAAAUGUUAUUGCCAAAAAGAACAACACUGGGUCAUCAAGCAUAGAUGACCUUAUACGAGGGAAAAGAAAUAGUCCCUCUGCCGUGUUCAAUUCUAACAUGAUACCGGCAACAAAGCCGGCGUCUACUACAAGUGCUGCCAGUAAUGGAGUUCCUCCUCUCGACCUUUCGAUAAUAGAAGAGAAGAAGAAUCAUCCUUACCAAGAGGGCUAUAUACCAACAAAGAUUGAGCCUUGCAAGAUCAAAUUUGUUGGUGCUGGUGUUAAGGGGCCCACACAACCGUUGGCCAAGACUCGGAAGGUUAAGUUAAAAAUUUCAUUUAAUGACCAAGCCACUGCCACACACGAGUACCAGUCUGAGAAUGCAGCACUGCACGACUACCUCGUCAUUCACCCAAAGGAAGAGGAAGAAGUAAAGAAACAAGCAGAAGAAGAAGAGAAAACAGUCAUCAAACUAGAAGACUUUGAAUACGCGGAUGAGUCAUCAGAUGAUGUGCCUGAGACCCCUCGUAGUGGAGGCAUGGCUGACAGUUCUAUUCGAAGUAACACACCACUGUCAGGGGGAGGUAGCUUCGGUGGCUACAAGUCGAAGAUGUCUGUAGACUUUGAGUUUGGGAUGUCAAUGGGUGAAGAGCCUCCAGUUGCCUCCCCUGACCCUGAUCCGGUAGAUAAUUCCGAGGAAAUGGAUGUUUUACCUAUUGCUGAGGAUGAAACAUUUAACUGGACAGACAAUAGCAGUGCUGAUCUGCUGUUCUAGUUCCUCUCUCUGCUCACACCCCUACAGAUCACAAAUACACCUCAGACAGUCUGUUGUUUAAGCUCCAUUCCGUAGAUUUCUGUAGGUUUACAUUUUAGGAUGUUGUAUUAGUGUCACUGAUCCAAUGGAAGUACUUGUCUGUCGCCUAUAAGUGUUUUACUGGUAGUUAGUAGCAUCAUCGCGACACAGAAGAUAACAAGUUCCUGUUAUGAACAUAUAGACUGUUCAGGACUGUACAGUGGAAUUUGGUUACUUCAGACACCAUGGAUCAUGAGGGAUGUUCUGUGAUUUUAUUGAUCAGAUUAAAUGUUGUACUGGAGAGUGUAUUCUAGAACACUGUGUUUAUUACCAUACCUGUCUUCCACCAAAUUGAAACGUAAGUUCAAGGGCACCUCAAAAUAUAAUUAGUGACAAUAUCAUUUGCUACAGUGCCUGUGUAUGUAUGAUAUAGAUCACAGCAAGGAAGGGCUGUAUCAACACCUCAAUAGGAAUUAUUGACAAGAGGAACAUGUUACAUUCAGGUAGCAUUCCAAGAUUUGUUAUCAUUUUUAAUGUUUCAGAAAGCAUACAAUGCAGAAACGUAGACAUGUCAUGAUACACUAAGAUUAUACUGCACAACAAUCAUUCCGGAUUGCUUACUUUGGCAGUAACAUUGUGCUUUUGAAGCACUAAAUUGAAAUGGUGUUUUCCUCUAGUUUCAAUUGAAGAACAUGUUCAUAUUGAUGUUUUUUUAAAGAUAGUACCUACUGUGGAGGAUUAAUCAGUGUGGUUAUUUUAUGUGUACCAGUAUUUCAUCGAUAUCAAUGAGGGAGAGAUCCUCCUUGUUAAACAGCCGAUGAAUAGUCUUGUACUUAACACAAUUCUCCCCUCAAUAUUAUAGAUGUAUGAAGUUUGAGUGUGUGCAUAAAUGUGUAGCAUUAAAAAGUAUAUGACAUUGUAACACUUGAUAUACUUACCGAGGAUUUUUAGCCUGAUGACUAUGGGGUCUCGAGGAGUUUUAGCCUGAUGUCUAUGGGGUCAGUUGCUUAAAAUGUCCUCUUUGGAUUUGAAGUUAACAGUCUCGUUUGUUAAAAUGUUCAGUGGACCCUUGACACAAUAAAAAGGAGGAUCUGAUACUUUGAAUAAAACUUCAGAUGAGAAUAUAUUUUUUUGAACAAUGUUUACCAUUUCACCAAUUUAUAUUAUUUGAAAAUCAUAAAUAAUGUUUCUACUGGGGGCAGGGAAGAGAUUCUUAUAAAUUUGAGAUUUCUUAUUAAUUGCAUUCAAACAAGGAAAAAUAGACUGUCAAAAUUAUGUUUCCAACUUUAAGUAAACCCAAAAACUCAAGUUUAAACUCAAAUUUAUGUUUUUUGAGAUGAGAAAUCAAUACCAGAAAAAAUUGAUACUAAAUAAAAGGAGGCAAAUUUUCCCAUUGUUGACCAAAUACUCAGAAGACAGGACAGACUUGACGGAGGCUAACAUUGGUAAAUGAACCCAGUUUGGUAACUAUCUAUAAACAUUUAAUUAACAUUAGGCCUAGAGGCAGAUAGGUUAGAUGUCUAUAUUGAAAUGGUCUUGUUUAGAUAUGUAGUAGGAGCUGGUCUCCGGAAAUCAUCGAUGUGGAUCUGGGAAGUAAUGUUUGUAAAUAUGUUUUCAACCUGAAAUAUAUGUUCCUUAUAGAAUCAAGCCAGUAGCUUAUUUAUUUCUCAUAUUUUUUGUUUUUAUGGAAAUAUCCAGUACAUUAUUUUGUACAAUAUAAACUGACAUUUUACCAUUCUGUAAUGUAUUACUGUCUCUGAUGUAUGAGGGAAUCAACACCAUUUGAACUAGCAUCACAUAUUAGCUUUCACAUAGUCCAUGAUAAAUGCUUCACAUUUUUGUGAGAAUGUCAUGUGCCAAUUACUAGUAUAUGUAUAUGGAAAGCGAAAGUAGAAAUUCAUCCAUGUAGUACAUAGUUGUUAAUUAGUAUACAUUCAUGGUGUUGAUUUGUGAUAGCAAGCAAACAAGUUUCAGCUAUGAUUUACUUUAUAAUUAAACUAAUUAAAUCCAACACUGUGUUCGUUUGUGGCUGUUCAGUGUGGAUAGCUGGAAGCUGUGUACCAUUUUUGUGCUCGAAUUUUCACUGGUUAAGAUGAUUUUACCUUUUUGUUUUAAAGUACAGGUAUUAUUGUCUGCUUUAUUUUUGACCAAGUGUUGAUGUGAUGAUAGAAAUACCUGCUGAUCAUGAUAUAAAUCUAAUUCUUUAAGAUCACUUAUUCAUCAGCAAAUGCAUCAAAAUUUAUAACUGAACAAAUGUAUUUGGAUACAAAACUAUCAUUUAAACUUGAAUGCCUAAUGGUUUUGUAAAUUUUCAGAAAUUAAGAGAAAGAAAAUUUGUUUUCAAAACUUUCUAUAUUCUAUCAAAGUUAAGAAUUAUGGUAAUUAGGCAUAUAAAAUGUUUUUCAAGACUUUGAUGAUCAAUGCAAUAGUGUUAUCACACAUGUGGAUUGAGUACAUUAAUGAUUCCGGGAUAAGGGGACCAUAUGUUUAGUGCAAAUAUUGUUUUCUUUGUAUAUAUAUUUGUGUAUAGGUAGAUUAUUAAUGCUAUUUCUUGUUUUGUAUUUGUGUAUAUUACACAUGUAUAUGAUUAUGUAUGAUUGCCAGGAUUGUAAAUGUGUAUAGCAUCAAUGAAUAUAGCAAAUUCUCAUCAUAUUUGUUAAUGAUGUAAUUCCCUCUGAAUUGAAGUUGUAUUUUUUUUAUUUAAUUUACAUCUGUUAUAAAGAUUUUUUGUAAAUAUAUGCUUACUGUUCAUAGCUAUUUUUUGUAUAUUUGUUAAAUAUGUACAUUUUUGCUGAUACUUUUAUCUCUAAAAGGGAUAGUAGGUGAUUAUGUCAACUCCACAUUGUUUCACAUCCUUCAUUGCAUAACUGUAAUAGUUCAUUUUAAAAUGGAUUGUUCAGAUUUUGGAAAUAAAUCAUCUAUAUAAUCAGAAAUAGGAGAAAACUUAGAAAGUGAAAAACAUAUUUCAAAAUAAAAAUGGUAUUUUUAAUUUCUUAAUUUCAGUUUAUGACUAACCAAAUUUGUUAACAUAUUAUAAUAUUUGUUUGUUUAAAUAACUGUAACAAUGAAAAUAAUAGAAUUUGUGCAGUUAGAUUUCUCUUUGCUGUCAUGACUAUUAGAUCACUAAUAUCACUAUUAAGGGGAGCCAACCUGAGAAAAUCCACGAUACAUCUACACCACAUUACACGUACAUGAUUAGAUCAGUUGGAGUUAUUGUCAUAAAGGGGAUCAUAAAGACCCAAAGCAGAGUGAUUGAUGACUGUUUGAUAUAGUAUGUAUUUUAGUGUUGUUUAUUUAUAUCUCUUAACUGGUCCAACGGUCAUUAUAUAAAAACAUCCUCAUACCCUAUAUAUUCCCUUGGUAUUAUGAUAUUUUAUAUAACUUUGGCUAGGAAUUUGUUGAAACUGUAGUAAUCAUUUAUAAACAAAUAUCAAAUUAACCUUGUAUUCCUAGGUUUUAUUUCCUUUUUGAUUAAAAUCUUUAGACUCAAAUCAGGAAAUAGAAAUUGUAUUGUUGGUUCACAGGUUCCUCUCCCUGUUUAGUUACACCCAGCAGCAUUUUUUUCUCUUUUUUUAUCCUUGUGGUCAAAUUUGUAUGGCUCUGACUAACUUGUCUCAUUACAACACCAGUCCCACAUUCAACUUAAAUGUUUUUUUCUCAUGGAGUGUAAGAUAGUCCAUUAACAUCCAUAGAUCUAGGCAGUAUCAUAUGUCUGUAGGUGUAUUAUUUAGCUGGUAUUGAUAUAAAAAAUAUCCCAUUUGGAAUGUAGUAUAUCUGUUUCCUUUUGCUGAGGUUUACAAUUACUACAGAGUUCUGGCCAUUCCUUAUUGCUAUGAGCCUUUCAGCUCGUCAAUACAAUAAAACGGUAUCAAUAAGAAUCGGCUCACCUUUACUGAGUAGGAUAUUGAACACUUUCUUGUUGACAAACAAAUCAUCAUGCCACACAGGAAAGUGUUGAGUAAGAAUAUAUUGUUGAAGUUACAAGACUGAUUAGGAUAAAACUCUCCUAUGCUCAAGUGGCUGGUUCCAUUUAGACCACAGCUAGCACUAGUGGUAAUAUCACUCACAAAGUCUUUAAAUAUUUAUACAACUGACAGCAGACACAAUAUUUAGCAAACCAUUGCAUUAGGUUUUUCAAGUUUUGAUAUAUUUAACCAGUGAUUCAUUCAGAUUUGCUUUAGUUGUUUUGUGGUAGCCUCAAUUCUACUGAUUCUAAUCUUACCUAUCAUUUCUAUUUAGUAGUUUCAGUGCAAGUUAUUCAUGCUUAAUAACCUCUAACGGUGUUUGCUUGACAAAUCUAACAACCCAGUGAAUAUUACCUAGACCUGUGGCUGGUUCUUCAUUUGUAAUCAUUACUUCUAUUCAACUUACAUUGAGAGCGGUCCAUACAACUUACAUUGAGAACAGUGUACAGAAAUUACAUAGAUUGAUUGAAUGAUGGGGUAUAACAUCCUUGUUCUGGGCUGGGUAUAACUAAGCCUAGGACACAGAGGAAUCGCAUCUAAAAUGCAUUGAUAGUAUGUAUUGUUUUUCUUUACAUAGUUAACAAGUUAAUUCAUUUUCAUUUCUAGAUCUUUUCUAUUCAAAGUUAAAAAUACUUCGUUUAUUUUUAGAAAAAAAUAAAAUGACCAUAGUAGAAUGUUUUGAGAUUUUGUAAGCCUUAGUAUAAGGUUUUAGUAAAGCAUCUAAAGACUUUAUUACAGAAGGGAGAUAACUUCAGUUAUACAUAUUGCUACAAGUACUUAAUGAAUAUUCAUGUAUUGUUUACUGUCUCACUAUAUCUAGUAGCCUUUUACAUAACUAUACUAGGAUUUAAUCAGUUAUGUAUACAUACUUUAUAAGCAAAUUAAAUGUGAUACUGUUUGAUUUUACUCACAAUAACAUUAUAAAAAAUUAAUUAAUGGUAACGAAAUGAAAUAAAUGACUCUGAUUUGAAGUAUGAAUGUAUUCAUUAGUAUAGAUAUAUAAUGUGUAAAAUGUUUUGUAUUAUAUUUUGGAAAACCCUGAGAUUUUAACGGAGAUAAUUAAGAAGUGAAAAAGAGUGAUGUAAUGUGGGAAGUUUACUGACAUCCGAGUGUUCUAUAGAAAUCCUUGGAAGUGAUGUCUCAUCCUAUAUUACUUGUGUGUCUCUACAGUCCUGGUCUCCAGAAUCCUCAUAUACAUCAUUGUUUUAGAGGUAAAGAUUUGUUAAUUUCCUGUUGAUUUGUUGCUACAAAAAUGAGAUAAGAAAUGUUACUUUACACAUUGAUCUUUGUACUAACAUUACCUCCCUUAAAACAAUUUGAUGAUGGUUAGAGGGAUUCUUUGCCAUACAUACCAAAUCUGCCUACAGUAGAUCUUUACUGCACGUUGACAUCAUGCUAAAUGUAUUUGCAUAUAACAGAUGGAUGAACCUUGACAAAAUUCGUUCUGUUUUAUGGUUGAAAUUUAUUGCAUAGAUAAAGGUUCUUGAAAUUUGUGAAAUUUUAAUGAAAAAUUCCGAUUAAAUCUCAGUGUCAGAGUAAGGUGAUAUACAUACUUAAGUGUCUUUGUCCCAGUAUGAUACAGUGUAACUUAUAUAAUCAUGUCACCGUAAGGUAACAUACACCCCUAAGGCUGUCAUGGUAAGGUAACCUACUCCCUUAAGGCUGUCAUGGUAAGGUAACAUACACCCCUAAGGCUGUCACAGUUUAAGGUAACAUUAGCCUUAAGUCUUUGUGUCACAGUAAGAUUACAUACACCCUUAAGUCUCUGUGACACCCGAAGGUAAUAUAUACCUUCUUUAGUCAUCAUGCUUCAUCUGUUGUCGUCUGCUGUGUGCUGUUGGUAAUCUUUUCACAUUUCAAACUUCUAUCUACUGACUAGUGGGACUGAGCCCUAACAUUCCUGAAAUGAUCCUGAGAUGGUCCUGUUAUUUUCCAGAUCGAUUCAAGAUGGCCUCCAUCUUGAAAAAAACACAUUUUUAACUUCUUCUCCAGUUCCACCAGUAUCAUAGAACUGGCAAUUGGUGGGGAUGUUCAGGAGAAGGAGCAAACCAAACUUUGUUAUUUUUAAGCAUCAUGAAAAAACUUUGACAUGGCAGGCGAGGUGGCUAUUUUGUAACAUCAUUGCAUACUCAUGGUUUUCCUGAACAACACCUAUUUUUAACUUCUUCUCAAGUUCCACUAGUGGGACUCAGCACUUACUUACCUGAAACAAUCCUGAGAUGGUCCUGGCCAAGUGUUGUUAUUUUUCGGGUCGGUCCCAAAUCCAAGAUGUCAGCCAUGUCAGCCAUAGCCAACAGUACCACUAUACUCGCUACUGAGUAUGUAUACUACAGUAGUACAAAGCAGUCAGAUGACAAUUAAAGCCCUUUUGCUUCUUGUUCUUACUACAUCCAAAACUGCAUUAUUAACACUUUUGACAUGAACGGAUGGAGAUUAUUCAAAACACCAGAGUUAUACAUUUGUCAUUUUUCAGUGGGCUUCAAUUUUGAUUGUCUAAAGGUUUAAAUGAUCAGGUUAUGUAACAUGAUAUAUCUGUAGCAUAAUGUAAAACCAAAUCAUACUCAUGUAUCCCUUGUUUAGUUAGAGUUACUUCCCUUACAACAGAUUGUUGUCAGCAGACUUGUCAUGUUGAAGUGAAUUGUCGUCCCUGUCAUAACACAAGUUAGAAUGAUGUGAAUAUCAUCAGUAAAAAAACUCAAUCAAUUGUUGUUUUUUAUAAAAUGUUUUGAUUCCAAAUUGUGAGAAAAAGUCCUAUUCCAAAGUGAAUGGCAUGUAAUGCCCCGCCUUGUUUACCGUUGUUAAAGAUUGUUAGUUGUUACAUUCCAAAACUGUUUUAAGACGCUAUUCCUGGAGCUUUCAUUUAUAUUGUAACACAGUCAGCUUUUCCAAAGAUUGCUUUUUGAUGUUUUCCUUAACACAUUUUUUUGUAUUUUUCUUUUCCAAAAAUAUCUUUUAAUUACAUUAUAGUUUAUUGUUGAAAUAAACCAAAUUGAUGUGUUAUCUUUUUUUUAAAAAUUUUUUUUGGUGUUGAUAUACUUGUAUUUGACUAGCAAGGAUUUUAGGAUUAAAUUGAAUUUCUUGCUAAUAAAUUAAAUUACUUCCCAUUUAUGAAUUACUGUCUGCAACUGUUUGUAAGAGUACAUUAACAAUUAAUUGAAUCAUCAAUGUGUAUCAGCUAGACAUUUAAAUGUUAUGAUUGGUUAAAUGCUCAUCAACCGGUCAUACAAUCCCUUACUACUGGUGAGAGAUUCUCAGAUUGGUCUAUCUUUUGUGUGUUUUCUCUCUGUCAUUGUAACAUAUUGUAAGAAGUUCAGUCUCUAUGGGAUAAAGUUCUUCACAUUUUUGGCUGUAUCAUGCAUUUGUCUAAUAAAGGUAUGCAUAUUGCACAUAUACUUCAUACAAA